GUUCGUGUAUGUGCAUUAGUCGUAAAGCGCUUGUGUGGAGUAACCGGGGGACUGGACGCUAUGGAAGAGAAUAGAUGAUAAAACAAACUGGCGACAGAAUUAGUUAAACCUUUAUAGAAACUUUUGCUUGAAAUGGUGUCACAGCCCAAAGGUCGGCCCAGAAAGAAGCCAGACCCAAGGGACUCCAGUGAGGCAGACAGUUCUGAGGAAAGUGACAGGAACCUGAGCCAGAACACCAGUGAGAUGGAAAUUUCCGACUCCACAGAAAGCGGAGACGACCGGAUCAGAGCUAGCCAAUCUGAGGUGGAAGAGAAGAACUUUCUGAGCAAUCUGUACAGGUUCAUGAAGGAUAGGAGCACGCCCAUCGAAAGGAUACCACACUUGGGCUUCAAGCAGAUAAAUCUCUGGAAAAUCUACAAGGCUGUGAAUAAGCUGGGGGGAUAUGAUUCUGUGACGGCCCGGCGGCUGUGGAAGAACGUGUACGAUGAGCUGGGAGGUAGCCCAGGCAGCACCAGUGCUGCCACUUGUACCCGCCGCCACUAUGAGAGGCUGGUGCUGCCUUUCGAGAGGCAUCUUAGAGGAGAGGAGGACAAACCUCUGCCCCCCGCCAAGCCGCGGAAACAGUAUAAGACAACCAAGGAUGCCAAGAGCAAGAAGAAGAAUCCCAACAAAGUGGGAGAGAUGGGUAGUGGCGCCGAGCUACAAGAAAAGCGGGAAGACGGCAGCCAUUGUGAAGCCGGGACCUGUUUUCAUGCUCCACACAGGCCCACACCAUCAGACAACCCCAAGCCGGACCACCCCAGCCAGGAUGGUGCAAAGCAAGACAGGGAGCCGUGCCUUCAGAAGGACCAACCUGCUGCUCCAUGCUUGGUGUCCCAGCCUUUCAAGAGCCUGCUCUCCAAUCUCCAUUCCACAGGCCACGGGGUGAUUUCACCUCUGGUGAAGAAGAAGCUGAUGGCUCAGGCCACCGAGUCUGGGAACCUGAACUUUACCUCCAGAGUGGCAGCUGCCCCCGCUGGCUCCUGUUCCAGCCCGGAAGAGGACAGCACAGGACGGCCGUCUGUCAUCCACUGUGCCCAGGUCCCGGGACUCCAGCCUCCCAGCCGAACCAGGGAUUCCUCUGAGGGUUCACCUGAGCCCCCGUCCUCCUCCACCAGCCCAUCGGCCUGCUCCGCCACUUCAGAAGACUGUCUGUCCCAGCCGGAGGACUGUGGAACACCCCCAGAGCCCGAGAGACAAGCACCCCCAGCUUACAUUGGAAAAUUUGCCUCCACCCCUUUUGUGAAUGGUGUCUGCAAGCCCCUGAGCUGCUAUCCUAGUAUGAAGGACUCUGCUGGCUAUCCCUGGCCCCCCAGGGAGCACCUCCAAGUCAGCCCUCUCCAGACCGAGAGUGCUGGGUCCAAAGGCCAGCGGGCGGAGCUGCCGUGGAAUCCAGGCCGCAAAGAGGAGGGCGGACACCCCUCGGUCAAAACACAGCACCUGUCCUCUUCCACUUCCAUUGCCGCAGGUCCCAAAGCCUGCUGGGUGCCUCCAAUGUCAAGUUUCACCAAGGUCCAGCCCAAAUCCUUCCAUCCAAGCUACAAGCUCCCGCAGGCGCUGAAGAGGCCAGCUCCAGAGGAGACUGCCUACGGGAAGAAACUGCAGAUGGUUCCCCCUAUCCCUCAGGGAGAGCCCAAGGACAAAAACAAACCCGGGCUGCCCAAGCCCCUACCUACCCACUCACUGGUUCACCCCCAAGCCAGCCUCUCUCUCUCCUACCUCCUCCCAGCCUACGACAGGACUAGACCACCCUCUGCCCACCAGCUCAAAGGCCUGUCUUUACACCCAUUCUUUCUCCACUCCCUGCCAGCCCAAUUGGCGCUACCCGGCUCUCACGCCCAGGCUGACUCCAUGUACCGCCAUCUCUCUCCAGGCGCCUACCCUGUCCCGUAUGAAUCCUCACCCCGGCCGCGGCACUACCCUUUCCCGCUCUGGCAUCCCCAGGCUGGGUACGCCAUUGCAGGAUUGCACCCCCUGUACCCUGGCACUAAACUGUGACACCCUGUGCUCCUUCAGCACGUCACACCCCGAUUCUGGAACCAGUGGUGCUACAAUAGGAAGCAGGGUCAUUUUCUGCAACCCACCUUUCCAACCAUGCGCUGACUCUGGCCCUGCAGUCACAGCAGUCGACUCAACCUCAUUUUUCAUUUUAACAAGUGAUCAUCUUCGUAGCUAAAAAAAAAAAAGACUUGUUUAACAAACACAUGGAUGGAAAUGAUUUCCGUGAGUGCACUAUAUGGACACUUGUGCCGUUACCGGGAAAGAAAAUGGAUAAUUGGGGACAGAAAGUCUCGGUUACAUCUGUGAGCUUUCGAGGGAACUCAGUGAACUUUCUACAGGGCGCAUGUUCUGGGAAAAAAAUGUUCUCUGGUUACCUUUGGAGAGCAGAGCAAAUCUAAACCAAAUACCUCAUUUGUUUUCUUCACAGUAUUUACAGAAUCAGGGACUCCACCUUCUGUGUCUCGGCUACUGGACUGUUCAUGUCAUGUUCUGGUGUCAAAGCGUAAAACACUCCAGCUGACUGUAACCCCUGCCAUUCUCUAUUUAAAAUAUUAAAUACCAACUACGUACUCUACAAAACAGAAUUCAUGCGUAUAAGGAGAUGAAAAAAAAUGAAGUCUAAUUAAAUUUCUUUAUGGAUGUUCCAAAUGUUUCCAUGACUUUCUAUAGCAAAUACAUUUGGAUUUGCUUUAACACGAUAAUCCUGGCAUCGGAUCCUUUUUUCAUUUGAAAAACUUCUGAAAACAUGUCCACUGCAAAAGAUGACUCAUCACCCAGCAGUACGACUUGCAGACUCACUUACACUUCAUACACUGCUGUUGAGUGUCUUGCACACACUGGCUCUAACUUGUGACCUGAUGCACGCUACAUGUCUGUAUCUAAUUAUCUGGAGGUUCAAUGCAGUUAAGAGACGGUACAAGCUUUUGACUAGUUGUCGUUUCUCAUGAAUCGUCCGCUCCCUAUAGACUCUCCUCUGUUACACUACAAUACUCUUGUUUUGGAACUCAUUUUGGGCAGUGUAAUGCAUACUGUAAAAGUUUGAUGUUGCCUUACAUAUGAUAAAUACUGUACAUACUGCCAGCCAAUUGAGUCUUCACUCAGCUGAUGUUUUUAAAUGUUAUGAAAAGGCCCAUAGAAAAUUCUUAAUUUUAGGUGCCCUUAAUGUUGUGUGCAAGAAUUUUGAGCUGACAGAAGUAGUCAAAUCACAUUGUAUUCUUGUGAGCCUCUUAAGUCUCUCUGCAACUUGCAGAUCGGACCCAAGGAUCUGCUUAGUUGCUUGUCCUCUCCACAAGUGGUUCAAAUUAAUGUGCCACUUCUCUUCUGACCACGUGGAAGCUGGGGCUCUCUGUGAUGAUGUGAUAGAGCAUUUUGAAUCAAUCAAAAUCGAGGCACGAAACGUAAUAUUUCAAAUAUUAGAGACUCUACCAAACCAUAAACAGUGCAGAGAUAUGAAGGAUUAAAACGAUCCUCAGCCAGUGGAAGAGAUGAAAGUAUCGCUUUCGCAUUGUGACAGCGAGUCAGAAUGAAUUUCUGAAUUCCAGGUGAUCUCUAUUACUGCACCUUUUCCAGUUUAUCAAUGGACAGUUGGAGCAGUCGUGAGUUUCUGUACUAACGCUAACUUUUCCCUUCGUUGCUCAAAGGAUAACAAGACUGAAACCACAUCAAGCGCGUCCGGCUAAGCAUCCAAAUUAUUAUUUUUUUAAAUAUGGUAUCCUAUAUGCAAAAUGAUGGUAGACAAAGGAGGUCUUUUCAGAACGGUUCCACUCAAGGAUCUGUAAUAGUACAACAUGCUUCAUAUCUUCUGUAAUCUUCUGUAAAAAAUCCACAGGACCAUCAGCCAAAUGCCCGACAUUUGUUCAGAAGAAUCUGUUGAUUUGUGGAAAUGCACUGUGUGUACUGUAUAGCGAAUGAACACAUUUCUAUACACGACUUGAGAUUUGUGCUGACACCGACUGCUGUUUAUGUGAAAACUUUUGUUUUUUUGUGCGCCGAAACCUUUGAAGAUAGAUGCUGUUGUUGUCGCGUAAUCUUGGGGCAUUUAUUUUGACAAAUGUUGUGAAUGGAAAUUUUGAGCAACGCACGGCACUCUACUUUGAAACUGGAAUGUGAAAUUAUCACUCAAUACAAGUGUUCCCCCUUGUGGACACUUGAAAUAUGACAUUUAAUUGUUCAUUGUUUUUAUCUAGGGUGACGGGUUCAUAAACAUGGAAUGUGCUGUGUUGUUCCCAAUCGGUCACGACGUAGAGUUCAGCUCACAAAUUUGGAUUUUUAAAGAUUAUUGCUAGCAUUCGACUUGAUCAUGAGAAAUUUGAUAGUGUACAUCGAUUGAGCAGAUGUUAAUAUUUCACUGUAAAGUUCUCUAUCUUUCAUAGACGUGUUACAGUCCUGGAUUCUAAAACUUCUAAAAAUAUACAGAAAAUAAUGAUUCGGGUCUAGGUGAGCUUCUGCUUCCGUUAUUUGUGUUUUAAGCGUACAGUAUGUGGUUUCCUUCCCGGUCACAAUACAUAUUUUUGCUAUGGCAAACUGUAUAUAAUAUCUAAUCUUUUGUACACGAUUCCAUGGAAUAGGUUUAGCUCUAGCUAUUUUUUAAACGCUUUUGGAUAAAAAGCAGCUCGUCCGGCGCUCGUGUGAAAAGAAAAUAUUUCAGAAUGUAUUUUUGUACAAUAAAAUUGGAAAAUGA